UAGACGUUGGAAGCAUGCUGACUUACACAGCAGUUUACUUCAUUCUCUUCCAGUUAUGGCUCCUCCCCGCCUCCCUCGAAGCUUCCUCAUUGCCAAAUGUGGCGCUUCUUGGAACAGCGUCUCAGUCAUCAACAUACCCUUUCAGUCCAGCUUCAAAUGUAAUUGAUGGGAAUAGGAAUCCAGACCUGAAGGCUGGAUCGUGCAGCCAUACAAAGUAUGGACCGGACCACUGGUGGAGAUUGGUCCUGCCACACAUGUACAACAUCACACAUAUCAACAUCACCAACAGAAUCUCUAAUGCUGGGAGGAUCAAUGGUGCUCAGAUCCUCAUUGGAAACUCCCUCCAGAACAACGGCAACAACAACCCAAGAUGCUCGGUCAUCACCUCCAUCCCAGCUGGCGGUACCAGCACCUUCAACUGUGGAGGCAUGAUAGGUCGAGUGAUCAACGUGAAACACUAUUCCACAAAUCCAAAUGUGUUUUUGACAAUGUGUGAGCUGGAAGCUUAUGGAGAAAGAGUUCCUCCUUGUCCGUCCUUCAAUGCUGUGGUGAUGGGCAGACGUGUAGCAGUGGUGGAGAAGAAGCUGUGUUGGUCCGAUGCCCUGUUCUACUGCAGAGACUUCUACGGGGACCUUCUCAGCAUACGAAGUGAGGACGAGCAGAGGGAGGUGGAGAAGGUGUUGAGCAGCGUCUCCUUCCCUCUCACCAAACAUGUUUGGUUGGGCCUGCGCAGGUAUCUGAUGAGUGACCCCUGGUUUUGGAUGUCUGGUGCUACAGAGCAGUACUCCCACUGGGAGAAAGUGUCCUUCUGGAAGAAUACCAGUCCGUGUGGCGCCAUGGACAGCAGCCACGCCUUUCACUGGAGAGAUCUUCCAUGUGAAGAACAUCUUCAUUUCAUCUGUCUGAGAGGUAAACAUCCAGACUUGGACCAAACCAACAAAUCAAAUACCAGUGUUGGUCCAUUUGGCGGAAUUGGCAAAUGCGUUUUCAACUACAUGUCCCAGAAUUCUUAG